UUGGCCACUGAUAUUCUCCAACUUAAAGGUUGUGCCCCGUCUCAUGAAGAGGGAUUCUUUACUUUAGGUCUAAAUGCAAUAAUCUUCUUGAUUGAAAUACACUUCUGUGCUCACAGCCAUAACAUCUGCGGAUACCACUCAUGGUGUGGCAAAUAUUUGAACAUUAUAAUCAGCAGAUCCUUGGCCGCCGCCAGGACAUACGUCAUCUCUUGGCAGUUAUUUCCUUGCCAUGUUUCUUGGUUUCUGUCGCCGUGCAAUUUGAUUAUUUAUUUAGUCUGAGCAUAUACAGUGGUUAGAAAACAAAUUGCAUCAGGGGAUAUUCGAGAAUGUGCUAGUGUUAAUUCUUUGAAUUCCGUUUGGCAGUAAGACACGAGAUGUUAUCUUUACCAUCAGCGUCCAAACAUCUAUGUUAUAUUAACGAAACCAGGCCGAAUUAAAGUAGUAAAAUGUGCUUGAGUGUCGGCACUAGCUCACGAAAUAGACAACAUGAGAUGGUUUUGUGCAUUGUCAGUUUUCAUUUGAAAGAAUGCCUGGACGUUGUUCAAUUAUUUUUUGCCUGCAUAUUUCUUUUUUUAGAAGCAGAGCACCAUUUGUUUAAUUCAAGCUCCUCAGUGCUGUUCCCGACUACCGGAUAUUGGUGAUGGCGACAUAUUGCACCAGACUUACAUCGGAUACACAGAGCGUAUCACUUGGCAGUGCAUCGAGCAAAUU